GAGCGGCUGCUGCUCAAUGGCGGAAAAGCCGCCGGUGCUGUGACCGCCUGGUCCCCCUAGCAGUUGCGGGGGAGUUUCCUGCCGGCGCGGCUGGAGUCUCUGUUUCUCAGGGUUCGGUGGCUGGAAGAUGCUCCAGAGAGACGAGGCUGCGGCGGAGGAGGUGGCGGCGGCCGAAUCGGCAACGGCGCUAGGGUGGAGAGAAGGCGGCAGCGGCGGCGGCGGCGGCGUGUGGGGCCCGACGGUGUAAACAGCUCCGGAGGCGGCGGAGGCGGUGGCCGAGACCCUGACGGGGAAGCGGUGGCUGAGGCAGGGUCGCGCCUCGGUCGGAAGCCCGAGCUGAGUGCAUCAGGGAUUCUCUGCGGCGGGCGAGAGCGGACGCCCUAGACCUCGCUUCCCUCCCUCGCCCCAGAUUCCUUAUUAAACAUGGGUGCAUUUUUGGACAAACCCAAAACUGAGAAACAUAAUGCUCAUGGUGCUGGGAAUGGUUUACGUUACGGCCUGAGCAGCAUGCAAGGAUGGAGAGUGGAAAUGGAAGACGCACACACAGCUGUUGUAGGCAUUCCUCACGGCUUGGAAGACUGGUCCUUUUUUGCAGUUUAUGAUGGUCAUGCUGGAUCUCGAGUAGCAAAUUACUGCUCAACGCACUUAUUAGAACACAUCACUAAUAACGAAGACUUCAGGGCAGCUGCAAAAUCAGGAUCCGCUCUUGAGCCCUCCGUGGAAAAUGUCAAGAAUGGCAUCAGAACUGGCUUUUUGAAAAUCGAUGAAUACAUGCGUAACUUUUCAGACCUCAGAAACGGAAUGGACAGAAGUGGUUCAACUGCAGUUGGCGUCCUGAUUUCACCCAAGCAUAUCUACUUUAUCAACUGUGGUGAUUCACGUGCUGUUCUGUAUAGGAAUGGACAAGUCUGCUUUUCCACCCAGGAUCACAAACCUUGCAAUCCAAGGGAGAAGGAGCGAAUCCAGAAUGCAGGAGGCAGCGUAAUGAUACAGCGUGUUAAUGGUUCAUUAGCAGUGUCUCGUGCUUUGGGGGACUAUGAUUACAAGUGUGUUGAUGGCAAGGGCCCAACAGAACAACUUGUUUCUCCAGAGCCUGAGGUUUAUGAAAUUUUAAGAGCAGAAGAGGAUGAAUUUAUCAUCUUGGCUUGUGAUGGGAUCUGGGAUGUUAUGAGUAAUGAGGAGCUCUGUGAAUUUGUUAAAUCUAGGCUUGAGGUAUCUGAUGACCUGGAAAAUGUGUGCAAUUGGGUAGUGGACACUUGUUUACAUAAGGGAAGUCGAGAUAACAUGAGUAUUGUACUAGUUUGCUUUUCAAAUGCUCCCAAGGUCUCAGAUGAAGCAGUGAGAAAAGAUUCAGAGCUGGAUAAGCACUUGGAAUCACGGGUUGAAGAAAUUAUGGAGAAGUCUGGUGAGGAAGGAAUGCCUGAUCUUGCCCAUGUCAUGCGCAUCUUGUCUGCAGAAAAUAUCCCAAAUUUGCCUCCUGGGGGAGGUCUUGCUGGCAAGCGCAAUGUUAUUGAAGCUGUUUAUAGUAGGCUGAAUCCACAUCGAGAAAGUGAUGGGGGUGCUGGAGAUCUAGAAGACCCAUGGUAGCCUUAUAAACCUUCUAAAAUGCUUUUGAUUCUGAAAAUUGGGGGAAAAAAACUUUUAAUCACAAUUUUCUUCAAUACAAGGGAAAAAUAUUCUUGUGGAUUCCCACCGUUUUGUGAUAUGAGCAGAAAAUCAUUAGCAUUUCCCAUCAUUUGUUCAUAUUUGUGUUUUCUAAUAAUUGCCACUUGUAGCAUUGCCUGUUCUACAGUAUUUUUUGCCGACCUCAGGCAUACUGGUUACAUCUGUAUUUGAACUUUGGGCCCUAGGAACCAACGGAGUUAUUUCACCACAAAUAACAAACUCUGCCUGAGGUGCAUGGGAAUAUAGUUAGCCGUACUCUGAAGAUACAUUAUGUUUUUGUUUUUGUUUUUUGUUUUUUAGACAAGACACACAACAUAUAAGCAUGUAAGAGUAAAGAAUUGUAUGGGAUGUUCCUUUCUCAGUUCACCAAGUUGGAAGCCUUUUGCAGCUCUGUGGCUUGAAAUUUCCUUUGAGCAAUUUACUAUAGGACAUAUAUUUAUUAUUAAUUGUUAUUUAAUUUUUUUUCUAAUUUUACCUGUAUUACCAAACUGGGUUCUCCAAUAAUGUCCAAAUUGUAACAUUGCCUGCUUUUCAAGAUAAAGUGUAUUUGGCAAUAAUAUUAUAAACCCUUACAAAUUUUAUGCAUGUACCUACUACAUCCUUCAGCUCUCACUAGCAAAUCUUUUGAAACCAAAUGGAUUAAUUUAUGGCUAUUUAUAAUUUGCUUUGACAUCUCACUGCUGCAAAUUUUUUUAAAUGAUGAGAUUUGCCUUUAUAAUGUAAAUUGUGAUUUUGUUUUACAUGUGGGUUUCUAUAGUUUUAAUUUUUCAGCUUUUAAGAUACAAGUUUUGUGUGUAAUUUGGUAUAAUUUUUAAUUGUUUACGUUAUUUUAAAAGCUCAGAAUAUCACAUUGAAAUGACUAUAAAUACAUUUAAAAUUAUCUAUUUUAGAUCUAAGGAAAUAUUACAGAGAUAUUUUCAUGGGUUCAGUAACCUUUCAUUUUAUAACAUUGGGCACGGUACAGAGUGGCUGUCACAUAAGGUACUUGAAGAUUAUUAUUUUAAUUCUAUUUUUACAAUAACCUUGAAUUCUUGAAUUCUUUUUGAGUUUUGCAUGUAGUAAAUCCAAUGAAUGCUGAACAUGAAGAGUAAAAUAUUUAUUGAAAAGAAGCUAUUGGGGUAGGAGAAGCAAUGAAUGUAUCCAUUUGUACAUGGUUUACAUGUUGUGGAUGCUUUGUAAACAUCUUCCUAUAUGUUUAAAUUGUGUUUCAGCAGGAUGUAAUUGCCCUUGUGUGUAGUUAAAAAUGAGUCAUCAUCUGGUCCUGUGUGAAAUGGAAUUCAUGAUAUGUUCUGUAACAUUUUCCUGAAGCUGUUUCUGGAGAGCCACACAUUUGAAUACAGACAGCUUUCCUGAUCAUUUGAUUUAUUGUGCACCUGAUUUUUGGUCUAAAAGGAAUUAUUGCCACAAUAUAUUUUAUUUAUUCUUUAGAUUUUAGCCUUGUAAGUUAAAGUGCUUUACAUGAUGAUGUUAAAAGCUAUCUGUCCCUUUACUGGGUUCGGGGAGUUGUAAAAAGAUAGGGAAUGAAGAAUGCAAAAUGGUUUAUUGUUCAUACUGUCCACUCUGAUCCAACCCUGUACUGAUAGUAUCUUUCCAGUAUGAUAUUGUGAUGUUUCUUACAAUGCAGUGAACAUAACCAACUUGUUACCUAAAUAAAGAAUUGAUCAAAACAG